UUUAAACUUCGGGAAGUGCUGUCCUGACUUAGCUUGCUAGUUAGAUACCUUUCCAUUUCUUUUUAUUGUUUUUUAAUCGUUGUAAGAUUGGCUAGCUGGCUGUUUAUUUAGUUACUACAAAAAUAUGGAUAUUAUUAAUGAUGACCAACUAAAGAUGUAUUUAUUUGAAAACAGGCUUUUAACAUUCGUUGGGUGGCCAUUCGAAGAGGACUGUGUUUGUACCCCGGAGAAUAUGGCAAAAGCAGGAUUUAUUCACACUCCCUCCGAGAACAGUCCGGACGUAGCACAGUGCUUCUUCUGUCUUAAAGAGCUGGAAGGCUGGGAACCUGAAGACGACCCAGAAAAGGAGCAUAAAGCACAUUCACCCAACUGCAACUUUAUCACAAUGAAAAAGCCAAUGGAGAGUCUAACUGUAGAGGAGUUUCUCAGGCUUCAGAAAGAGAGGCAAAAAUUUGUUAUUAAAAAUGCAUGCAGCCAGGCUAUUGUUAAAUUUGAAGAGGCUGCAAAGUUGAAAAGAGGCCUGAUCAUCCAGACUGCAGUGGGUGAAGAAUGAAGAUGGACAGUGACAAGCCCUUGUGUAGUCUUUCACUCACUGUUUUAGAGAGUGGUAUGCUCCAUUUGUGUAUGAUAUAAGUGCAUCUAUCUAUGUCCAAGAAUUCUAAAUGGUGUGGUCCGGGGUGGUCAAGCCUGGUCCUAGUGAACUACCACCCUGCAAAGUUUAAUUCCAACCUUGUUCUAACACAUCCGAUCCAAUUAAUUGAGUCCUUCAGUAUUAUUUUAAUAUUUGAUUCAUAUGUGCUAGAUUAGGGUUGGAACCAUGUAGGGCGGUAGAUCUCCAGGAUUAGACUUGCCUUGUAAUCGGAAGGCUGGCCGUUCAAGCCCCACCACUGUGAAGUUGCCACUGUCGGGCCCCGAAGAAGGCCCCUCGGUUAACCUUUAGUUAAGUUGUAUUGUCAUAAUUGUAAGUCGCUUUAGAUAAGUCAUAUAAAUGCUGUACAUGCAAAUUAAUGCUUCUUUUAAAUCCCAAGUUUAAGCUUUCAGUUUGCCCAUGAAAGAAAUAAAUCACGUUUGGCAUAUGGACUUUUUUAACAACAAAAGGUGUUUGCGAUUUGUUAUUGUAGCUGUCGUUAUAAUGCCCUUGUACAGGUGUAUUUUGUUAUGAUGCGUCUAAAUAAAUAUAUGCUGAAGCAUUA